AGCGAGCGGCUGCCGACKGAGCGGCUAGGCGCUGCUCGGCGUCUCUUGUUCGGGUUUGGACAUCAUUUUAUCCCCGCUGGGGACGGGACUUUAUUAAAAAAAAACUACAAAUAUGUGACUUACAUACGCGUUUUGGAUUUUUCCUUUGUUAUUUCUCCAAAAACGACCGACAUUUAUCUGUCAGAGUGGAUGAUUUGUUUACCUAUUUCCCCCAAAAAAAUAUUUCGUUUGUAAGUCCGUUCAUUUGGGAGUACACCUGGAUGCAGAGAGACAUCAUUUUUAUUUUUUUUAUUUUAUCCUGGAAGGGGACAAUACUAUGUCCAGGCGAAAACAGAACAACCCCUUCAAAGUUAACUGGCCGUUCCACACUUCAGGUUUACCAGGACUUCAGCACACUAUUAACAUGGACGGCAGGGAUGAAUUCACCGAAGACAGCGAAUGCUGCAGCAACAACUCCCAGGAAGUCCAAGAGCAGGACAGCCUUUCAGAAGAAAGCGAUAGCGACGCCGACAACCACGGAGAAGACUCGUCUUCAAACACCUCCGUYGACGACCACAUGACCACCAAGAGGACGCAGUGCCGCCUCGAAGGAGUGGGAGUGAAAGAGGAGAGCGAGGACGGGGGCGAGCACGGCAGCAGCUUUGUUUGCCCUCUGUGCACGCUGGAUUUCAGCAGCCCUGAGAGGCUCAUCUCACAUGUCUACCAGCACACGACCAUGAUGAGCAACAGCAAAAGCUACGUGUGCCCGGUGUGUGGGCGAGCGCUGAGUUCUCCUGGCUCACUUGGACGGCAUCUUCUCAUCCACUCUGAAGACCGCCUCUCCAACUGCGCCGUCUGUGGCGCACGCUUCACAGACACCAACAACUUUAACAGAGAGAAGCUUAAAGAUGUCCUCGACACGUCCAGGUUGGACAUCAGUGGUGGACGGGAUGCCUGCUCCAUGUCCCAGUCCCUGUCCAGCAGCCCCAUGAGCAGCCCGGGCUCCACCACUCAAUCCUGCCACGGACCAGGUCCUAGUCCCAGUUCAUGUCAGGGCCCACACCUGUGUCAAGCUCCUGAAGCCAACCCCAGCCUCUGCCAGGGCCCCAGCCACAUGUCCAGCCCGUGUCAGGAGCAGCGACCGUGCCACGGCUCGGGCCCCGGACCGUGCACGGGGUCCGACCAAGGCCCCUCCUUUCCUUCGCUGCCCGACAGUCUCCUCUCUGAAGGGCCGUCGCUCGCGUCKUUCCCUGAAGCUCUCAACUCCUCCUCCUCAGCCCUUCCUCCCAUACCCGACAUCCUGCCGGUCUACCCUGCCGGAGUGCUGCUGGUGUGCAACAGCUGCAUGGCCUACCAGCAGCUCGUGGAGGCCCAGUCGCCGAUGCGAAAGUGGGCCCUGCGUCGAAAGAACGAGCCCCUGGAGGCCCGCCUGCAGCGUCUGGAGCGCGAGCGCACGGCGAAGAAGAACAAGCGGGCGUGCGAGUCGGAGGAGGAGAAGGAGCUGCGGCGGCUGCGGGACCGCGAGGCCAAGCGCAUGCAGAGGAUGCAGGAGUCGGACGAGCAGCGGGCGCGCCGGCUGCAGAGGGACCGCGAGGCCAUGCGUCUGAAGAGGGCCAACGAGACGCCGGAGAAGAGACAGGCCCGGCUGGUCCGCGAGAGGGAGGCGAAGCGGAUCAAGCGCCGGCUGGAGAAGAUCGACCCCGCUCUGAGGACACAGAUCGAGCACGACCCCGCUGCCAUGGCYGCCCUCACAGCAGACAUGAGUCUCUUUCAGUUCCCCUGUCCCAUGCCCGUCUCCUCCAUCGAUAACGGGCUCUUCAUGAAGCUGCCAUAAUCUGGAAACGUAAGGAAGGAGCGACUGUCGUGUAACAUUCUUAACCUGUACUUUCAGGAUGCCAUGGGGACGUUCAAACCAAGCCCCGCUCUUUUCCUUCCAUGUUGUCCUGCGUUGAACAGCUUCAUUAUUACUUCUUCUCUUUCUAAUUUAUUAGUCUUUAAACAAACCUUGGGGACAGGGUUGAGUUUGUUUCAUUUUGUGUGGAUGAURUAAGAGCAUGUUGUAAAGAGAUUUAUCUGUCUGUGGAUUAGCAGAUUUUACUCAGCACGUUCUGGUGAGAGCARGUAAACGGUUCCUUUUGAGGAUGAAAAAGAAAGUCAUUUGCACAUGGAUCCUCAGUAAGGGGAGUGGAAACUUUGAAGCCACAUGCCUCUUCUUUCCUGGUCCACUCAGCUAGCCCGCUCCUCCACCCUACCGUAACUCAGACUCACCGGUAGCUACACCUCUUUCUUCAAGCUGCUACCGCGGGAAGUUCAUGUCUACUACCUCAUCCGGCGCCGCSGCGGCGCUCUGUCCUCUGGCGUACCGCUGUCCAACAGCAAGUUUCCAAAGCUCUGUACGGACUGGACAACCCCACAGAAGAUGCAGGUUUAUUUCCUCCUCUUUGUGUUUAUCAGUGAGGUACUUUCAUAGGACCUUUCYGAACACCUGAACUCUCGAAUGUUUGUCCUGCUGAACAGUGUCGACAUUCCCUUCAUCUCCUGAGUUUGAUGCAUCUUCCUCGCAUUCUUUUCUCCAGUUACGCUCCAUAAUAUUGCCAUUUCGUUUUAUUUUCCUUUGUUACUGAGCCUUUCUCGGGCCUGUAUAAACUCAGUCUGUGCGGCUGUUAUUGUACUGUACGAUACAUUAGUUACCUCUUGUAUAUUCUGGACUCAUCUUAUGAAGAAAAUGUACUGAAAUAUUCUCUUUAGGUGGUUAAAUAGGGGGAGUACCUAAUAUGUUACMUGUUGACCUCAAAUUAUGUCACAUUACUUGAAUUCUGCCUGCAAAGAUGCAUUUUUUUAUGCUAUUGAGGAAACGGCUACAAGAACRUAGGUUUUUAGAAAAUUUAAGUUCAUUCUUGGAUAACCUCUGCUUUGUGCAAUUUCUGUAGCAUUCACAUGCUUUAUAAGUCAGCAGUAACUUCAAAAUGGGUUAUUAGAACCACUUAAAUUGAGGUUUUGCUUUUUUUUACAUUCGCAGAUAAAGUCACAUAAKAGGUGGAAAAUAUGUAAAAAAUGCAAUCAAAGUGUCUCUUCUGUAUKUAAGCACUGGGGCUAUUUUAUGUUACAGGAGAUUUUAUUAAUUUAUAUUUGUUAACCUCAUUCCAGCACAUAUUUAUGCAAUUUUUCUUUAGUCUCAUGAUCCUGUUUGRUGUAUGUUUGCUGAUAUUGAUGUUUGAAUUACAGGCCAAGUUUGUAGAAUUUUUUUUUUCAUUUCCAGUCGGCAAAGUUACUUCCAGUUUUAUCGUCUCUUCUCCAGAUGCAAAACUUUUCAGUGUCAAAGGARCAGUUUUAGUUUCAAGGAUGAACAGCGUUUGAGUCACUCCUAGGCGAAAGUCAUUUUACCUGCUGUCGCUUACGGCAAAUUAAACGAAGAAAACAUUUAUCUUUAGAGUAACUUUUGACUUUAGGUCUCGUGCUCAGAGGCUUUCCUAGGAGUGGAUCAAACUUCUAUGCAACACAUUUAUUUGUUUUAAAAAAAAUCACUGAAUCUAUGCAGAAUGCCAGCUGAAAUCUUUACACAGAAUUCAAAACGGAAAAAGUUCAGCUUCUCAGGCAAUUUAACUCAGUAAGUGGGCUCAGAGCCCAGAUCCAACAUCUCAGUCAGAUCACUUUAUCAAACAUUUUUUUCUGUUUAAUUUUCCACAGUUUGUUGUUGUUGACACGUUUUCUCUUUCAAGGUKUAGCACAUAAAAGGAACAGGGUCUCACUGCCAUCCGGACCACAACGCUCCGUAUCAAAGGCAGACYAGAGAGCUCAGUGAAGGCUUCUGGUGUCAUUUGUUCCUCUCAGCUCUUAGACCAUGAAUACUGGGUAUUCUCAGAGGUCGCUGUUUGAAUCUGCUGUGAACCACUUUGUCUCAGAGUGGUCAGAGGGAGAGCCCUGUGGACUCAUGACGGGUCUUUUUGGAGCUCAGUUUGGAUUAGAGUAACGUUGCAUGUUAUAAAACUGCACUUGUCUUAUAAUUGUUCAAUAGGAGCUUGUGUUCUACUGUUAGAUUAUGCCUGCUUGUAUUUUUUUCCCUUCUUAAAUUUUAGGCUUUUUUGUAUUAAUUCUAUCAGAAUUUUCCUCCCAAUGUCCAUGUUUACAAAAGCAAGUAUCUCUUCUAGAGGCCAAAUGAAUGAGCUGUCUGGUUGUUAUUGAUGCAUUCGGACUCGGUGCCACUUUAGGGACGCCAUCUUCUGUUACUGGAUUAACAGAUGUACAGACCUUCAUGAAACCUGGUAAAGAAUGUGGAAUUAAACAUUGCAUUUAUUAUAAA